AUGGUGAAACAAACAAAAACUAUUAAUUCUUUAGAAUCAGAAACAAGUUCUAUUUCUUCAUGUGAAUUAUUAGAUGAUGAUAUCUCUACAACAGCAUUUCAACAAUCAGUUAAUAAUAAAAUAAUUGAUAGAAAAUUUUCUUCAUUUAUAAAACCUAAAGUAUGCUCACUUGUUAAAAAAAUUAUUAAACCUAAACGUGUUACUCAAUGUAUUACAUCAUAUCAACCAUCAUUAAUUAAUAAUUUAUCAAUUAUUUCUGAUUUUGAAGGUUUUGAAUAUAUAGAUUAUAAUGAGAAAGAUUUUUAUGAAGAUGAUUUAGAAAUAAAUCAUAUACCACAUAUAGAAGAAAAUAAUUUAAAAAUAUCAUCAACAAUUUUUGGUAGUGGAGCUUUUUGUAAAGUACAUAAAGCUUAUCUUUAUAUACCAAAUAAAAAUGAAACAAAAACAGUUGCUUUUAAAGAGGUUAUCAAUCGACUACGUAAUCCUAUUGAAAUAAUGAAUGAAUUACGAAAUGAAGGUGAAAUAUUAUAUCAAAUGAAUCAUAGAAAUAUUAUAAAACUUUAUGGAAUUUAUGGGUCAGUUGAAGAUAUACGAAUCCAAAAAAAAUUGGGUUUAGUUUUAGAGUGUUGUCGUGGUGGUAGUUUAGCAAAUUUGGUACAUAAUAUAAAAUUUAAAGAUAUAUUUAUCUUAUUAGGUUUUGUUAAACAAAUAGCUAAUGGUGUUAAUUACUUACAUCAAAAUUAUAAAAAUAGAGAAGUUUAUGAUAAAAGUAUAAAAAAAGUUUUUGAUAAUGUUAGUUUAUUAUCAUCUAAUAUUCCAAUUAUUAAUGGUAAUUCUAAUGAUGAAGAAAAUGGUGUUUUUCUUCAUGGUGAUUUAAAAUGUGAUAAUAUUUUAAUUAAAGAAAAAAUUUGUUUACAUAGUAUAGAAAAGUAUAACAAUAUAAAGUAUGAUAAAAUAAAUUCAAAUAUAAAUAAUGAUGUAGAUAUUCAAGGGAUAUGUCAAAUGUGUCAUGGUACAUCAAUAAAAUAUGUCACAAUAAAAAUUGCUGAUUUUGGUUUAUCAAAAUCAGAAAAGCAAGUAAAAAAUAUGGUUCAAGGAACUGUAGCUUAUCUUGCUCCAGAAAUUUUUAGUAAAGCAUUAUAUACAAUAAAAAGUGAUGUAUAUAGUUUUGGUGUUGUAUUAUGGGAAGUUAUUAGUGGUAAAAAACCAUAUCAUGAAAAUGAUGGUUUAGUUGAUAUAAUAAAAGAAAUAAAUAAUGAUGUUAUUAAUUAUUAUGAAUCAAUAUCCAUUCUAUCACAAUCAUUCUCUUCAAAUUCAAUAGAUAAAAAUUAUUCAAAAAUUCCAACAACAAUAAUUUUCAAAAAUUUAAUAUUAAGUUGUUUGAAUGAUAAUUAUAAAGAAAGACCAUCAUUUAGUGAAAUAAUAAAAAUGAUAGAAGAUAUAAAAAUAAAAUUAAUAAUAAAUAAAAUAAAAAAUGAAACUGACCAAGAUAUAGCAGAAAUAUUUGCUGAAAAAGAUAAAAGGAUUGAAGUCCUUGAGUAUGCUUUAGCAUUGUCAACAAGAAAUGAUAAAGAUUAUUAUAAUACAUUUCCAAGAGAUUUAAAAUCAUUAUUAAAAAUUAAAAAAGAAUGUAAGCAAUGUAUGAAUUUCAGUACAUUAGCUUUAAAUUCAUUUAAUAAUAAUGCUAAUGAUAAUUCUAUACCAAUAGAAAUGCCAUCAAAUUACAUUUCUGUAUAUUCAUCUCAACAAAAUUCCUCAUUUUCUCAACUUCUUAUAAACGAAGAAUAUAUCUCGAUUUCUAAUAAAAAAGAAUAA